CAAUGACAGCAAUCGACAGCUGUUAUCUGAUGACGUUUUGAUAAAAACAAAUUUAACCUCCUUAAAUUUAAUACUAAAUAAAAUAGCAUAAAAAUGAUCCAUAGUUUAUUUAUUAUAAAUGCACAAGGUGAUGUUUUUCUGGAAAAACAUUGGCGAAGUGUUAUACCGAAAUCAGUAUGUGACUAUUAUUUAGAAGCCCAGAGAUCAAAUGGGAGUGAUAUUAACCCAGUUAUAGCAACCCCUCACCACUACCUUAUAUCUAUACAAAGGGGCGGUGUGAGUUUUGUAGCUGUAUGCAUGGAAGAGAUACCACCUCUGUUUGUUAUCGAAUUCCUGCAUAGGGUAGUAGAUAUUUUUCAAGAUUAUUUUUCUGAAUGUACAGAGUCGAUUAUUAAAGAAAACUAUGUUGUUGUAUAUGAGCUUUUGGAUGAGAUGUUAGAUAAUGGAUUUCCUCUGGCCACCGAGAGUAAUAUAUUGAAAGAGUUGAUCAAACCACCAAAUAUUUUGAGAACUAUUGCAAAUACAAUGACUGGGAAGACAAAUGUUAGUGAUAUUCUACCUACUGGCCAACUGUCCAACAUUCCUUGGAGGAGAUCUGGAGUUAAAUAUACUAAUAAUGAGGCAUAUUUUGAUGUGAUAGAAGAAGUUGAUGCUAUUAUUGAUAAGUCUGGAUCUACAGUUUCUGCAGAAAUUCAGGGUUAUAUUGAUUGCUGUAUAAAAUUGAGUGGCAUGCCAGACUUGACCCUAUCAUUUGUAAAUCCAAGAUUAUUCGAUGAUGUUAGUUUCCACCCAUGUGUCAGGUUCAAGAGAUGGGAGGCUGAACGGUUACUUUCUUUCAUUCCACCAGAUGGCAAUUUUAGGCUGAUUUCCUACCACAUCAGCAGCCAGAGCGUGGUUGCAAUUCCUGUCUAUGUGAGACAUAAUCUAUCCAUUAAAACAGGCGAACAAGCCAGGCUGGAUUUGACUGUGGGUCCCAAACAGACUAUGGGAAGAACUAUUGAAAGUGUCAAACUUGAAGUUUUGAUGCCCAAAUGCAUACUCAACUGUGUACUAACAGCAAAUCAAGGCAAAUAUAAUUUCGAUCCUGUGUCUAAGAUUUUACAUUGGGAUAUUGGAAAAAUUGAUGUGACCAAAUUGCCAAACAUCAGGGGAUCUGUAUCCAUAGCCAGCGGUUCAAACACUGCCGAGAUAAAUCCUUCCAUAAAUGUGCAUUUUACGAUCAGUCAAUUGGCAGUUAGUGGACUGAAAGUCAACAGGCUCGAUAUGUACGGAGAAAAAUAUAAGCCAUUCAAAGGUGUUAAGUAUAUUACGAAGGCAGGACGGUUUUUGGUCCGUAUGUGAUCCUAAUUUAACAGUUUUAGUUUUUAAGAUGUAUAGAUUAUUUAAGUUUAUAUACUAUAAAACUUUUUUGAGUUAUUACAAUAUUUACAAAAUUGGUCAAAAUAAAAGAUCCAAUUGAGUUUUUGAGUUAUUUACGACAAAAUAUUUGUUGACUAACAUUUUUCACAUACAUUAAAAUUGUUUAUUUUAGUUUUUUUCUUAUUGAGGAAAAAUGUGCUAGUGCAGUUAACUUAAAAUCUUUUGAAUUGUAUAACUGGUUGCCUAUAAGUAGUUUAUAUCCAUUCAAAAUCUUGUUAAAUAUAUAACUGGUUGCCUAGAAGUAGUUUAUAUCGAUUCCAAUCUUAUGAAAAUAAUAUAUAACUAUUAAUAAAUAAUUAUUAUAUAAUAUAUAAUAAUUAUAGCUAUGAGCUAUAACUUUUAAAUGUUUUUAUAAGUAAAAUAAAUUUUAAUUGAUAUAUAGUGUAAUUUAAUGUUAAAAGGC